AUGGACUUGAAUGAAUUAGUGGAUAAGUACAAUGAUUUUAUUGAUGGGAAAAAUUAUGUGUCGGAUAGAAACGAAACUGGGUCAAGUGAUGUAUUAAAUGAUGACAGUCUUAUUGACACUGACAAUACACUAAAUGGAGUGGGUCAUGAUGGUAGUAGUACAGAUGAUGAAGACUGGAAUAAUUCUGAAAGUGAAGAUAGUGAUGAUUACAUUACAUGUUUUGACAAUGAUUCAAUGGAUGAGGUUAAUGAGGAAGAAGUUGUGGAUUUGACUUUAGAUGAGGAACAGAAUUUUACAGUAAUAAUUACUAAUGUUAAUGACUUGGAACCUACUAUUGUUGGUAGAUACUAUGUCUGUUCAAAUCAGGGUGAGAAAAUACCAGACAAACGGAGAAAGGUAGAUUACCAGCAACGUGUGACAAAGAAAACUAAGUGUGGGGCUUUAAUGAAGAUCAAGAGUAGUAAUGGGGUGUGGGUGGUGGAUAAAUUUGAAAAGGAGCACAACCAUAUAUUAGUGGACAGGAAUGAGUCUUUCAGACUUAGAUCACAUCAGAAAAGGCAUAGAAGUACAGUUGAUUCUCAUCAAAUAAUGAGAGUUGUAAAAGAAUUUGCUGGUAUAAAUGAUGAAUUUUGUUCAAAUAUACUCAGGACAAAGCGAAGAAAUUGCAUUGGAUUAGACUGUGAACAAGCAAUUAACUAUUUGGAGAGUAAAAUGGCAUUAGAUCUAGGGUUUUUUUAUGAUGUCCGUGUCAAUGCAGAGGAACAAAUAAUUGGGAUUUUUUGGGUGGAUAGUAGAGCACGAGAACUAUACAAGACUUUUGGUGAUGUAAUUGUCUUUGACACGGCAUAUAAAAAAAGCAAGUAUAAGUUUUCAUUUGCUCCUUUUACUAGUGUUAAUCACCACAUGCAGUGUACAUUUUUUGGUUGUGGACUAAUAGCUGAUGAGACAAAGGAAUUAUUUAUAUGGCUAUUCAGGACAUGGCUUCGAGCGAUGCAAAAUAUGCAGCCAAACGCAAUCUUUACAGAUUAA